CUGUUAGCAGAUAGCUGCUGAUGCCUGCGUACGACCAAUAUGAUUUGAGAGCCUCACUGUUCGACGUCGGGGUUGAAACGACACUGUGUUUGUGCGAUGCUAAUUGUCCCCGACAGCCGGUGUGGGUGGCUCGUUGGUCCAAACACGGAAACUGGGCACGCGACUCUGUUGUGUUCCCUCUUGCUGUUUGCUGUUCUUCUUUCUUCGUCGUCUUCUCCUCUUUCUUCCCCUUCAAUAUCGUAUUUUUACUCGGCAGAUUCUAGCUUAAAUUUAGACGACUCCAAUUUGUGUUCUUAAUCCAUGCCAAACCUGUCAAUUGCGUCCCGAGAAAUGAACGAAUAUGCCGCCGUAUCUUUCUGCCCUCGCUGAUGGGAUAUUCGAAGCCAAGGACAUCGCAUCAUCCACAAACUCCACUAUCGACGCACUGGAAGUCAUCUGUGUGUGGCCCGUCUCGGGCCAAUAUGGUCCUGGGUCACGAGUAUUAUACUACACCCUCGUGGCAGCAUGUAUUUUGGCUAAAAGGGUAGGGUGGGUAGUCAAUGCUUGCUUGACUGCGGCGCUUCUAUUACCCGCUGUUGCGGCAAUACAUGGUAUAGUGCUUACAGCGCUGCACGUUGACGGUGCGGUUGACAUGGACAUUUAUGGAGCAUUCCAGUUGUGCUCAAUUGGUAUCCUGGCUGCUCCCGUGGCCACCAUGAUGUCUAAGACGUACUUCAACGACCCGGGCCGAAACGUCAUAUUCCUCUGGACGAUCUUGCUUCUAUCAGGUCUCAUAUGUCUAGCCGUCGAGUUCUAUCGAAUCGAGACCUUCGACUGCAUCGACCCACAGUCAGGAAACGUAACAUCACCGAGUUUCUCGAACUUCACGUGGGGAAAAGACAACACUUGUAGCCUGCGUUGCUCGACAAAAAAUGGUCCUUUCUCCCCAAUCCGCGGCGGGCCAGACGACAACCUCUACAUUGUACCGGCGCCGGACAAGCUCACAUUUGGCACUGCCACGCUCCUUGCCGCAGCUUGUUGCGUGCACGCCAUACUAUGCCUCAUCUCUAUGCGGAAUAAGAUCCUUGACAACUGGAAAGAGCGGUGGGGGCGCAAAGUCAACAACGAAUCGUUGGAUCAUGUCAUCGAGCACACCGAGCGUGCUACACCUGAGAUGAUGAAGUCAAUUAACGGCAGAAUACAAUUCUUUCUGAAGAUUGUAGCGAUUCCUGUCUUUGGCGGUGCUGGACUUGCCAUUUUGAUAAUCGGUGAGAUGAACUUUUUCAGUCGGCAAGUUCGCUACCAAACAGAGCCAAUCUCCAGCGUCGGUCAAUGGACUCCAAUAGCCGGAACGGUCAUGGCUGUGGUCGGAUCAUUAUACCUUCUAAUGGCCGACGAAGUCGAGGCUGUGAGAGGCGAAUUAGAACUCGGAGUGGGCGACAAGCAAUGCAAUUGUUCCCAUCGAUGCCACCGACAAAGUUUAUUCGCAAGGUCGCCGAGGCGGUCAAGAAGUCGUUGGGCGAGCCGUCGUGGCUCCGAAGAUAACGAUACUAAUCGCGGCAGAAGUCCUUCAGUAGUACUUCAUACUCCCCCAUCGCCGUCAAUAGAAAUGAGUGCCAGACAGUUGUCCUCGCCUUUCACUCGUGACCCUUCUGUGGCGGUCGAAAACGACGGACAAGGGGACCUCGGCUACCGACAUAGGGUGGCCAAGACACUACUGUCAAUCGGCAAUUGGAUUGGCACACCGACACAGGGCUUUUUCGACGACUCGGCGUUCAAGGCUGGGCGAGCUGCAGGAUACCCUCUCAUCCCUGCGGAGUCAUUUCGAAAUGAAAGACUUCAUGGGGGAACGGAGGAAAUGAGAGAGUCUGGAUCGCAUCUGCUGCAAGUCCCGCGGAAUGUUGUACGCCGAGAUAGUUCUUCAACCAGGAUGGGAUAGGCAGAUAAGGUACAUUAGAUUAUCUAGGCUAGCUGAACUCAGGAUGGG